GCGAAGCCACAUCACGACUUGCACUUUCGUGCAAUGGACCAAUCGAAGUGAAGUGCAGCUGUUGGUCCUGUGAUUAUUCUUGCAUCAAACUUAGGCACCAGCAAGCUUCUGCUCGAUGUCCUUACGUUACUGAAAGCUCACCCAGCUCUUGUCACUCAGUACCCAGAGCCAGAAUCCUGAAGCAUGGAGCAACCACUUGCUGACUCUCAAUAUCGGGGGGGCCAUUCGACCAUUGUUGCCGAGGGUGGCUAUAUCGCUCAGCAAGACCAAUUGCAAAGGCUAGUGCAGAGCUAUCGUGACUCGAAUGACCCGGAUCUAGUGGAAGACAUUAUUCAGGCUGCACAAAAGGCCCUAAAAUCGUCAGUCAAAGACGAUGCAAAACUAUUACAUACGCUGGCCUGGUCUCUGUACAUGAAGUACAAGGAAGUGAUUGACGAUUUUGACGAUCUCCAAGGAGCGAUCAAACUUGAACGCAAAGCGAUCGAGGCGUCACCCGCAGAGUCCUUAGACCACCAGAGGUUUUCGUACUGGUUAGCCCUGCAGUUAGGAGACUGCUUUUAUCACACGAGAAACCUGGUUGAUCUCGACGAAGCUAUUUGCUUGAUCAAGGGGUCGCUGGAAAGGCUCCCCGACGAAUCUUCCAUGAGGGCCGCGCACCUGGCGAAUCUCGGAAUCAUGUUGAAGGAGAAAUAUACUGUGCUCGGGGCCGAGGACGACUUUAAAAGUGCCUGCGAAGGCUUGGAAACAGCCAUUGCAUCCUCAGAAGAUCAGAGCUUACAUGCCAUAUGGCUCGAGAAGUUUGCGGACUUAUACGAUGCAAUGCACGGCAACUUAGGAAGAGUAGAGGACCUCGAAACUGUGUGUCGUCUGCGAAGAGACUCGCUAUCUGCGACGACAGACGAUUGCGAACGAGACAAACUAGCUCGACAACUUCAACUAGCAAGAACGCUGUAUGAACUUUUUGAAGAAACGAGAAACUUGAGGGAGCUACGCGAGUCAAUUACAUUGACUAGAGAAGCCGUGGCUGCGACGUCACAAGGCGACCCUGAGCGGUUGGAUCGAAUACGAAAGCUCAAUGUUACUACAUACAUUCUAUACCACGAGACAGGCGAUCUGAAGGACCUCGAAGAAGCAAUUCAUGUCGUCAAACGAGAUCUUGAGAAAGCUGAUAAAGAUCAUCUUCAUUGGUCUGAACAACUCAGCAACUACUCGAAUUACCUUGACUCUCUCUACAGCAGAACCGGGGACUUGGCUCACCUUGAAGAGGCUGUUGAAGUUGGCAGAGAGAGCUUGAAAGACAUACCGAAAGAUUCUCCUAAUCUUCGUAUUGUUUUGGGUAAUCUUGCAAUAGCACUAUCAAGAAGAUCGAUGAUAAGAGGCUCGAUGGUGGACUUAGAAGAAGCUGUUGCCUAUGCCAGAACUGCUCUGGAUAUAACUCCGGAUGAUCAUUCGUCAAGGUACAUCCAGCUGCAUAAUCUUGGUUCUAUGCUACUCAAGAGGUUCUCAAGGAAUCAAGAGGAUGUAUCGGAUUUGAACCAAGGAAUCGCCUUGUUGAGAGAAGCUUUGACUUCUAUUCCCAGCAAUAACCCAGAGAUCGAGAGUAUACUAUCACGGCUUGCUUCGGGUCUCGACAGGCGGUAUGACACGUGUAGAUCACCUGAAGAUCUCGAGGAGGGUAUAGAGGUUGCCAGGAAAGCCAUUGCUGCAAUGGGUAAUCCGUUUAUUGAGCGACCUUCUGCAAUUGGUACCUUGGCCGCUUUGUUGAGAACGAGAUUUGGAACUGAAGGCCGGCUAAGCGACAUCGAUGAAGCCAUUGCUAUCUCCCAAAAGACCUUGGACUCGAUGCCGGAGGACUCUCCAUUCAGGACAGACCUUUGGACCACGGUCGGAGAUCUCUUUGCAGCCAAGUUCGGUAGAACAUGGGUCACCAGUGACUUGGAGGAUGCAGUGCGCAACUAUCGAUCUGCUGUAAGCCAUCUUACAGGCAAUACUUUGAGGCGUAUAGUUGCUGCAACAUCCGUCAUGCCAUUAUGCUUGAGUCUCCAAGAGGCUUAUGAUAUAGGGCGCGAGGCCAUCGACCUUGUACCUGGUAUUGCUGCCGCUAGAUCACUCGAAACCGCUGAUAGGCAGCAUUUACUCAGUUAUGCGAGAGGUCUUGCGGCUUCGGUGACAGGAGCUGCCAUUAGGCUCGAAAAGGAUCCAUCUGAGGCACUGUCAAUUCUCGAGCAAGGCCGGGGUAUUCUGGGAUCAUCGCUGGAUGAGAUACGAACAGACAUAAAGGAGCUUCAACAAGCGUUUCCUGAGUUAGCCGAGAGGUUUAUGCGUCUUCGUGAAGAACUUGAAUCUUCCACUGGUUCGCAAUUCAGCGAUGAAUCUGUGGAGGACCGAGGUUUACGACGACGAAACGCUGCAAAUAACUUUGAUGAUCUACUGGGCGAGAUACAAAAGAAACCUUGUUUUGAGGAUUUUCUAGGUCCUCUUACUACGGACCAGAUACGUACAGCAGCUACUUAUGGUCCCAUAGUGGUCAUCAACAGCAGUUGGAUGGGAUGUGAGGGAAUAAUCAUUGAGAGAGGGCGUCUAACAUCUAUGGUUUUUAAAGAUCUGGAUGAUGGUGAGCUGAUGGAACGUGCAGAGGGAUUUGAUUUGGGAACCCCUGAUAUGCUUGAAUGGCUCUGGGAUACUAUUACGAGUCUCGUACUUGAGGUACUGGGUUUUAGGGAAACGCCAUCAGAUCAACAGGAAUGGCCUCAUGUGUGGUGGAUACCUACUGGACCGUUGAGUAGGUUUCCUCUUCACGCGUCAGGGCGACAUCGAGAGCGGUCCGGCAAGACAGUGAUGGAUAGAGUGAUCUCGUCAUAUAGUCCAUCUCUGAAAGCUCUCCUCCACGGACGUCGACAACGUGAGGUUACAGCCGGCCCCGUGAAAGCUCUUCUAAUAGAUGUGGAGCAUACAGAGAAUCACCCUCAUCUUCCACAGGCACGGGCAGAGAUCAAGGUGGUUAGUGAGAUCUGCAAGAGUAUGGCAGUACGGCCUGUCCCAGUUGGUCCAACCAAGCAAGAUACACUCUCCUAUUUACGAAACUGCAAUAUCUUUCACUUUGCAGGACAUGGACACACGAAUGGCGAGGACCCUUCUAAAAGCCAUCUCUGUCUGAGUGACACCAGCGAUCCUCUGACAGUAGGGGAUAUAUUGAAGCUGAAUCUCCACGAAAAGUCGCCCUUCCUGGCGUAUCUUUCCGCUUGUAGCACCGGCCUAGUUCAAGAUGACAAAUUCAUCGACGAGAGUAUACAUCUCAUCAGUGCAUUUCAAUUAGCUGGGUUCAGACAUGUCAUCGGGACUUUAUGGAAGGUAAGGGACAAGCAUUGCGUCGAUGUCGCGCGAGUUACGUAUGAAGCUAUCAGAGAAGGGGGGAUGACGGAUGAUUCUGUUUGUCGAGGGUUGCACAAGGCUACGAGAAUAUUGAGAGAUAGUUGGCUAGAAAGUGUGCGGAAGAAGAGGGAGCUGGCAGUACAAGGGGAUGAGAAAGGAAUGAGGGAUAUUAUUCCUUGUGAUGAUGAUGGGGAUAAGGAUGGGCCGGUACCGGCUUAUUGGGUUCCUUAUGUUCAUUUUGGUGUUUGAGAAACUAUGAGCUUGAUGUAUCAUUUACAGUUGACACCUGUGGCUGAGAGCCUGUAAUCACCACACAGGACGUAGCGACUAGCAGCGAGCUUUGGAUGUUAUUUCUUAGUAGCUCAGCAGAACGAGAGUGUACAUACAAAUUUAUCAUAAAAGGGGCGGU